UGUGGCGAGGGAACGAUUAACUUGAACGACCAUUAACUUGACCAGACAUCAACUAACAAGUGCCGUACCUAAUUACGUUACCUUUAGUACCUCUUCAACUUACCGCAGGCUUUGGACAAAGCGAACAUGACUGUCGAAACUGAAGACGUCGCCGCCCCGCCGUCAAUCGCAUCCUCCAUGUCAAACACACCGCCGCAAUUGACCCUGCCGCAGCCGACCUCGCCAACGCCUACAUCACCAGCCGAGGAAGAGAACGACGGCGUGGACCAAGUCGCCGACGGUGAAGUCGAGGACGAUCCCCUUGGCAGCGAUGAGGCAUCCACCGAUUUCACCGACCCGGCUGAUCCACAGGAAAGAAUCAUUGAGAUGCACAACCCAGAAACAGCUGCCCUACUGGCCCAAGUAAGCCAAAUAAUGAACGCAAGCCACCAAGACUUUUCGUUUGCAUGCGGCGGAUCAGUGCCCAUUGCCCUGCCCGCGGAAACAAGCGAGACCGAAUCCCAGAGCAGCAGCGGCAGCAGCAGCAGCAGCCACGAGAUCGCCACGACCGCCGCCUCCAACCCCGUCACCAUACGAUGGGAUCCCCGAGACCCAUCCACGCCCGCGGCGAGGUGCAAGCUGACCUUCCCCCUCGACUCUUCGGGGGACGAGCACCAGGCAAUGGACGGGCUGCUCGCCAACAUGCUGCCGGCCACAUUUGGGCUGGGAGGCAAGGACGUGUACGACGAGUCCUACCGCAAGGCCGCCAAGCUCGACCCGUCGUCCUUCUCGACCAAUUUCUCGCCCUACGAGACCGGCAUCAUAGCCACGGUGGCACAGAUGCUUCUCCCCGAUAUCGAAGGCGACUUUGCCGUCCGUCGAGCCGUCAAGGCCGAGCUGUACAAGCUCAACGUGUACGAAGGCCCCUCGGGCCAUUUCCACGCGCACGUAGACACGCCGCGGUCGCGGUCCCAGUUUGGGUCGCUCGUCGUGUGCCUACCGGCAGCACACGAGGGCGGUAUGCUCGAGGUCCGACACAACGGCAAGGCGAUGCAGUUCGACUGGUCAUCAACGGCUAGCAACAACAACAGCGACGAAGGUGACGACAACGGCGGCGGCGGGGAUCUCGCCGCCACCAUCAAGUGGGCGGCCUUCUACAGCGACUGCGAGCACGAGGUGUUCGAGGUGCGGGCCGGCCACCGUGUCACGCUAACGUACAACCUCUACGCUGUCUCCGCCGACACCACGCGGUACGACGCCGUGCGGGCUAUCACGUCGCCCCUCGUCGGCCAUAUGAACGCGCUGCUUGACAACAAGGACUUUAUGCCCGAAGGCGGCUAUCUCGGCUUCUACACGACGCACGCGUACGCGCACACGAGCGACGACUUCGACCCGUCCUCGCUCAAGGGUGUCGAUAUGGUCAUCUGGCAGGGGUUUCAGCGGCUCGGGUGCGGGGUGUGCCUGCGGCCGAUCCUCAACGCCGACUGCUGGAACCCUGAGGACGCCGAGUUGAUCGUCGGGGGCGAGGACUUUAGCAUGCACAUCAGCGAGUGUGAGCUCCGGGACCGGCGCGAUCUAGAGGGAAUUCUCGACGAGUGGGACAAGGACGAAGACAUUAAGCAUGACGACAUCGCGUGGCUCAACGAGCCGGGCAACACCCAGACCCAGUUAAUUUACACUGCUUACGGCAACGAGGCAUUUGCGACGGCAUUCUACUCGUGGUGCAGCAUCAUCAUCGGCGUGCCGCCACAUGGCGACGAGGGCAGGAUGGCGCUUGCAGAGCCGUAUGCGUGAUCAAUAAAUACGCAUGAGACCGAAGGGACGUGGAAGUUCAGAGAUCAAAGCUACGGUGGCACCAACUCAAAAAGAUUAAACAAUUCAAACACAAGUCAUACCGCCUUGCAUAAGACUGAUGUUUUCCAAUUAUGCGACCGCUUUCAGACGCUUUUUACCCUGCUUCUCAAUGGGUCUAGGCAAUUAGCCUCUAACAAGGUUCUAGAUUAUAUUCUCAAGCUCUCUUCUUUUAUUUUAUUUUUUCUAAUUUACUCAUUCAUUUCUUAGCGGAUGAAAUAAAUGAUCUUUCGGGUCAGAUUUAGGUAUGCCGAGCGGAAUUUCCACAGUUGAAUAUAGGCUCUGUCAAGUCACGGUGGUGGUACAGUCUAAUUACAGUAAUUGAGUGAAACCUUACC